AAACUAUAAAGAAGAGUAAAUUAGGAUAGAAUUAAAAAAAUUAGUGAUACAGAAAACUUCAUCCAACGUGGAUAUGAAUCAGCAUGUGCUUAUCCUCUUCUCUAUAUGAAAACUGGAUCAGCCGCGUGGGACCCAAUUAAGACGUGUAAAACAGUUCACACUUGCGAGUUUCCACCUUUUAUUUAAUUAAAUAUUUAAAAUUUUCCGACCAAAGGAAGAUUCAUUAUAAAUUGGUCUUUGACAUUACAUCCCCAUCUCUCUCCUUUUCAUCUGUCUGAAUUAUCAAAUCUCAUUUUUUCCUCCUCUCUAACGUUCCUUCCAAAGACAUGGAGAACACCAACGUUUACUCACCGGAAUGUUCACCGGAAAAAUUCUCCUCACCACCACCACCUCCUCCUCCUGUAAAGUCAACGAAGUCUAAAAAGUCAACGGAUAUGUUUCUACAAAAAUGCAAUAGCUUUGCUUCUAAAGCUACAAGAGAUUCAUGGGAUCGUAUGUUCGAUGAAGCUCAUGGAGCUGAUGUUUUGAUUCAUACGGAAGAUAAUGGCUUAAUUUACGCACAUUCUAACGUUAUCGGAAUGGCUUCAGAUGUAAUUAGAGGACUAAUGAAGCAAGAUAAGAGAAAAUCUCAUCGUAAAUCAAUCUCAAUCUUUGGCGUUCCUCAUGAUGCUGUUCGAGUUUUCAUUCGAUUCUUAUACUCUUCUUGCUACGAGAAACAAGACAUGGAAGACUUUGCAAUACACCUUCUUGUAUUAUCACAUGUCUACGUGGUUCCACAUUUAAAACGUGUUUGCGAGUCACACUUUGAAAACACUUUACUCAACAAAGAGAAUGUGAUUGAUGUGUUUCAGUUAGCUCUUCUCUGUGAUGCUCCUCGUCUAUCUCUUCUCUGUCAUAGAAUGAUUCUAAAUAGCUUUGAAGAAGUGUCUACUUCUGAAGGAUGGCUAGCUAUGAAACAAAGCCACCCUAGUCUUCAGAAAGAGCUCUUACGCUCUGUCUCUUACGAAAUUAAUAGUUUAAAGCAGAGAAGUAGAAAACAGAAGGAGAUUCAGACAUACACUCAGCUGUAUGAUGCAAUGGAAGCUUUUGUCCACAUAUGUAGAGAUGGAUGUCGAGAAAUCGGUCCAACAAAGGUCGAAAACCCGCACGAGACGUGCGGGUUUUCAGCCUGCGACGGUUUGGAGAAGCUGUUGAAACAUUUCGCGGGAUGUAAGCUGAGAUCAAUCCCUGGUGGCUGCAGCCAUUGCAAGAGAAUGUGGCAGCUUAUCGAGCUUCAUUCGCGUAUCUGCGUCGACUCGGAGCAAUGCAGAGUCCCUCUUUGCAGUGACUUCAAGGAGAGGAUGAAGAAACAGAGCAGGAAAGAUGAGAAGAGAUGGAAACUUUUGGUUAAGAAUGUUUUGAGUACUAAGAGAAUUGGAGGAUCACCAUACUUUUUGCAGGCUAUUGAUGUUACUAUGUGA